UAGCUCAUUCCGCGACUUGCCAUGACCGACACGGUGGUGCUGCUCUCGACGGCACAUGUCGCGUCCAUGACGCCUCCGUCGCCGCUUUCUCCGCGUGAAGACGACGUGGCGCCUCUUCCGUGUGCGCUACCGUCCUUGUUGCAGCUCUUGGACUUCCCGACAACGAAGGCUCUGGCCGACACGUUGCUCGUGCAUCCCAACACGCGCCGGGAAGCGAUUGAACGUGACCGCCGCGUAACAUUUUUCCGCGGCAAGGAAGUGCGCAAGUGUUUCCGCAACAACUACGGGAACUACACCGUCGAAGACAUAGGACACUCACUCCUGACGCACGGAUUUAUCCAUAAGUCUAGACGCAUCAAGGCGCCACAGUCGUCUCCCCAAACAAAAGCUCCACUGUCCCCAUACCCAUACCUAGACAUUGACGAAACCAACCAAACGUUCUCGGAGGAUGGCGUGUACACGUGGAUGUACGAAGGGUCGUCGGCGUUGCGGAACCUUGCGAGCCUGUCGUUCUUUGCCCUGCUGUGUAUGGGUGUGCUGUAUCCCGUGUGGCCGGCAUGGGGUCAAAAGAUGCUUUGGGACUCCGGGGUCACGGUGGCUUUGGCGACUGGAAUCGUUCUCGUCGUGCGCUUUAUGACGUGGCUCUGCGUAUGGCUCGCAACGGGGCAACAUGUGUGGGUUCUCCCGAAGCUUCCCCUACUUCAUCCAACGUACACCGUGCGCAGCCCGGCAAACUCGGCUGCGAAGACAUCGUGGGUACCACGCGCGGCAGUGGUAUUCAUCCUUGUUUCUGUUGUUAUCAUGAUGUGGAACUACCCUCCUCCUUGCGCCUCGGCCAAAAAGGGAUGUGUCGGUUUCGGUCGGAAGCUCAUCAAGGAAGCGUAUCGAGGGACCUUGCUCCAGCGCUUCUCACAAGAAGAAAAGGACUUUGCGAUGACGAUGUUUCGCAUUCUCCGUCGACUCUUUUAGACCUCGUCCGCGCCAAGACGGCUGAGUCUGCGGCGGCGUCUUUCGUGUUCUCUCGCGAGUGUGUAGUUACUAUUUAUCCGGAAAAAUAUGAUAUGUCGAAUAUUGUCACAAUUUUGGGGCGAUAUUGACUUGGACGGCAAA